CAUAUGCUCCUAUCAGUCUCUAUUCAGCAGCCCAUUUGCAACGUUCUUCACAUUAGGAGUCAGUCGCAUUUUCGCUGGUUUGGUUUGAAUCGAUACCGGCAAAAUGAGUCCAUUCUACGGAAUUUAUAUAAUUCUGGGCAUAGUGUUUAAAAUAUUAGAAAGUAUUAUCCGACUUCUGAAGCUCAAUACUGUUGGAGAAUUAUUGGAGAAAAACUUUGGAAUCUCCAUUAUUGGACUGAAUGACAACCGCCCGAAAGAAGAUGCACCGAAAGAUAGUGUUAGCAAAACGGAGAUUGCGCACCUAGCGAAGAUGGUUGAAACGUGGUGGGAUGCCAAAGGUCCAGCCAAAAUGUUGCACACUUUCCAUCAAGUCAGAGUUCCAUUAGUCGUCGAGGGCCUUGCCGACACCGGUCGUAUCGCGAGAGGGGACAUCUUAAAACCGGAUGCACUGAAGGGCGUAAGAAUCCUCGAGGCUGGCUGCGGUGGCGGUGUUCUUGCGGAGGAUCUCGCUCGCCUCGGCGCGUACGUCGUUGGGGUAGACCCGGGCAAGGAGAUGAUUGGUUUGGCCAAGACUCACCUGGAUACCAAAUCCAGCGAACUGAAAAACCUCAUCGAAUACCAUGACAUCACGGUGGAGGAGCACGUGAAGAAGUUCGCCGGAACAUAUGAUGCAAUCGUGUGCUCAGAAGUUAUGGAGCACGUAGACGAAAAGGAAUCGAUCUUGGAAGCAUGCAUUCGUUGUUUAAAGCCUGGUGGAUCUUUGUUUGUGACUACCGAAAAUCAAACCAUGUUGGCAUGGUUUAUAUUCAUCAUAAUUCCAGAGUAUAUCCUCAAAUUCAUUCCGAAAGGAACUCAUUACUACGAAAAGUUUGUCUCGCCGGAAACGAUAUCCAAGUUGGUCAGCAAAUAUGGAUGCAAGACGCACAGAGUUCGAGGAUUUUUCUACGACCGAAUGUUCAACUCAUGGAAUUUUAUCGACAACGAUGAUUGUAAUUAUGGAUUGCAUGCUGUGAAACAAUAACGAUCGAUAGGUCGAAGUUUCGGAUCAAACAAAUUAGUCCAAAGCACACGUUUAAAUUAAUAAAACACCUAUACUUCA